AUGGGUCACACUGGUGGGGAAUCAGUGCGCCGUCUUCCUCAUAUCGCACGCGGAUUCACCUUGGACUCGAACGAAGCCAUGUCUAGAUGCGAGUCGUGCAUCAUCGGCAAACACCCACGCCAACCUCACCCCACUUCAGAGUCCCCUCCAGCCUCACGCUUCCUUGAAUUAAUUCACUCCGACAUUUGCGGACCCAUUCCCAUCGAGACCCCCCAUCAUAAGAAAUACUUCAUAAUCUUUCUCGACGAU